AUGGCCUGCGAUUCCGUAGUAGUUGCCGCCGCCGGCGGCGUGUGUCCGGCGGCCGCGGCUGCGGCGGGGCCCAUCGACUGGGCUCUCGUCGCGGUCGCGGUCCUCGGCGCCGCCCUCGCCCUCGUCGUCGCCUUCGGCGUCGGCAAGAUCGCCGCGUUCGACGCGAAGUUCGCCGCGCAGGAGGCGGCGACGAGCGCGCGCUCCACCCGCGUGGACGCGCUGCUCGCCGACGUCAUCGACGCGGUCGCCGCGCUGCGCGGCCCCGCGGCGCCGCCGGCGGUCCCCGCGGGCGUGGGCUGCGGCAAGACGGCGGAGUUCGCGCGGCGCAUGCAGAACCUGCAGUUCGAGGCCCGCGAGCUCGCCGCGCAGGCGCGCGUCGUCGACGCGGCCGAGGGCCGCGUCGACAACGCCGAGCCCCGCUCCUCGGCCCCGCUCAUGGAGGGCAUGGACGCCGCGGUCUGCGCGUCCUUCCUGGCGCGCUGCGUGGCAUCGCUGCCGGCGCUGGGCAGCGUGCAGGAGCUGCGCACGGCCAUCGAUGCGGGUGGCGCCGCGCCGGCGGUCGCGCUCCAGGCCGCGCUCGAGGUCUGCGCCGAGGUGCUCGUCUACUCGCCGCGCGGCGUCGAGAUCGCGCGAGCGUGCGCGCGGACGCCGCAGCCGCGCGAGGCGCUGCUCGACCUCGCGGCGCGCGGCGCGCUGGCCUUCGCCGGACCUCGCGUCGCGUGGUCCGACGCGCUCGCGGCCGUCGGGUGCCGGUCGGACCUGCGGGCGCGGCGGCGGCGGGCCGUCUCGGCCUUCGCCGCGCUGCUCGUGCCGCUGCUGUCGGUCGAGGAGCUCGUCCCCUGGGUGCGCGUCGUCGCGUCGCAGGCGCUGUCGGCCGUCGACGGCGGCGGCGACGAGGCCGUCGCCGCGGACGCCGCGCGGCUCGUGGCGGACUUCCCGACGGUGCGCUUCGCGUGGGACGUCGACCCGGCCGCCGCGCCCGGCCCGGCGCGGCGGCCGCCGCUCUUCGAGGAACACGCGCCGCGCGACGCGCCGGCGACGGGGCCGCUCGUCCUCUGCGAGGCCCUCGCGGACGCGUUCGGCGUCGCGUACGGCCCCGGGCGGGAAACAAAAAUAUGCGACACGACUUCAAUAUUCAACUAUUCUCACGGGUACGGCCCCGUCGGUGGCCCCGAGGCGCCGCGCGCCGCGGCCGCGCGGCCCGUGCCGUCGUUCCUGCGGAACGCGGCGCGGCUGGCGCGGAGCCUCGCGGCGGCGCCGGGCCGGCCGCCGGCGCCCGUGCUGCUCCGGGGCGCGCGCGGCGCGGGCAAGACGGCCGCCGCGCGCGCGGUCGCCGCGCGGUGCGGCUUCGAGCUCGUCGAGUUCGUGCUCGACGACAACGCCGACGCGCGCGCGCUCGUGGGCUACCACGAGUUCGCCGAGGACGGCAGCUUCGUCUGGCGCCGGGGCCCGCUCGCGGCCGCGGCCGCGCGCGGCGACUGGGUGCUCGUCGAGGACGUCGACCGCGCGCCCGUCGAGGUCCUCGCGCUGCUCAAGCCCCUCGCGCGGCGCGGCGUCGUUUCGCGCGACUUCCUCAAGAUCGCGGCGCGCCUCGGCGACCGCGUCUUCGGCGGCGGCGCGCUGGCGCCGGGCCGGAGCCACGUGCCCGAGGCGCUCCGCUUCGCCGCGGCCCUCGAGGUGCUCGACGUGCUCCACGCGCGGCGCCGCGACGGCGGCGCGGCCGCGGCCGCGGACGCGGCCGCGGACGCGUUCGGCGUCGACCGCGGCGCGCUCCGCGCGCGGGCCCUCGGCGGCGCGCCGGAGGUCGCCGCCGCCGGCGGGGCGCUGCGCGCGGGCCGCGUCGCGCUCCCCGCCGCCGCCGGCGGCGCCGCCGAGGGCGCCUACGCGUGCACGCCCCACUUCGCGCGGCUCCUCGAGCGCGUCGCCGCGUGCGCCGCGUCGCGCGAGCCCUGCCUCCUCGUCGGCGAGCCCGGCUGCGGGAAGACGACGCUCGUCCAGCGCCUCGCGGCCCUCGCGGGCAAGGACCUCCGCGUGCUCAACCUGUCGCACGGCACGGACGGCGAGGAGCUCUUCGGCGGCGUCCGGCCGCUCGCGCUCGCCGAGGCCGCUCGCCGGCUCUUCGACGACGUGUCGGCGCUCUUCGGCGAGACCUUCGACGCGCGCGACAACGGCCCCUUCCUCGCGCGGCUCCGCGACUGCGCCGCCCGGGGCCGCUGGGCGAAGCUCGGCGACGGCUGCGCGAAGGCGUGCGCCGCGGGCGUCGCCGCGGCCGCGAGGAAGCCGCCGCCGGGCGGCGCGAAGCGGUCGCGGGACGACGCCGCCCGGGGCGGCGGCGACCUCGGCGCGCGCUGGGCCGCCGCGGGCGACGCCGCGCGCGCCGUCGCCGCGCGCGCGCGCCGCGGCGCGGCCGCGGGCCCGGUCGCGUUCGCGUUCGUCGAGUCGGCGCUCGCGGCCGCGGCGCGCCGCGGCGACUGGGUGCUCCUCGACGAGCUCAACCUCGCGCCCGGCGACGUGCUCCAGCGCCUCGGGCCCCUGCUCGAGGGCGACUUCCCCCGCGCGCACGACGCGCUCCGCGUCUUCGGCGCGAUGAAUCCGGCCGGCGACGCGGGCAAGCGCGAGCUGCCGCCCGCGCUGCGGAGCCGCUUCACGGAGCUCUUCGUCGAGGAGCCGUCGGACGACGGCGACCUCGAGGCCAUCGCCGCGCGGCGCCUCGCGCCGCUCUUCGGCCACCGCGCGGACGGCGCCGUCGCGGCCGCGCCGCCCGGCGCGGCGCGCGACGCCGCGCGCGCGUGCGUCGCGCUCCACCGGACCCUCGGGGCCCUCGCGGCGGGCGGCGGCGGCGGCCCCGCGCUCCAGGACGGCGCGGGGCUGCGGCCGCGCUACUCGCUGCGCACGCUCUGCCGCGCGCUCGACGCCGCGGCCGCGCUCGCGGGCCACUGCCGCAAGGGCGGCGCGGCCGCGGCGCUCCGCGAGGGCUUCGAGCUCGCCUACGCGACGCAGCUCGUCGGCGACGGGCCCGGCGGCGGCCGCCGCGCCGCGGCGGACGCCGUCGCGGACGCGCUCGGCGCGGCGCGGCGCGCGCCGGGCGACGACGACGCGCGCGCGGCGCCGCGGCGGCCCGGCGGCGACGACGCCUUCGCGCUC